AUGGCUGCACGGGGACGAGGACGUGGUAGGCGUGGUGCAAACCAUGCAGAGAAACCGAUGAGGGGUGCAGAUGCUUUUAUAGCUGCAAUGAACACCAUGGCUGAGGCUGUGCGUGAAACGGCAACUUCUACUACGCGAGCAAUUGACCGUUUAGGGGAGAGGAAGGGAGAUCGUAACGGAGGAUGCAAUGGUGAGCGUGGUGGAGACGGUAAUGAUAAUGAAGGUAUCGGAAACCACGAUAACCCUAUGACACUGGCAACCUUUCUGAAGGUAAAUCCGCCCAAGUUUAAGGGGACGCUUGUUGCAACUGAAGAUGACAAUUGGUUCCGUGGUAUUGAGAAGUCAUUGCGAGCACAACAUGUACCAGAGGAGACAGUGGUGGAAGAGAUUGACUGGGAUACUUUUAAGGAGGAAUUUUACAAAAAGUACUUCCCUAGAACUGUUCGUGAUGCUAAAGAAAUGGAACUGAUGCAGUUGACGCAGGGGAAUAUGUCAGUAGCAGAAUAUACUCGGAAAUUUGAGGAUUUGUGCCGAUUCUCUAAGAUCUGUCAGGGAAACCCAGAUGAUUUUGAGGAAUGGAAGUGUUUGAAGUACGAAGGAGGACUCUGCGAAGAACUAAUGCACUCGUUGGUACCACUGCAAAUACGAAAUUUUGCAGAGCUUGUCAAUAGGAGUCAGUUGGUGGAAGACUGUACCAAGAAGGUGGUGGCAGCAAAGAUGAGUCGUCAAGAAUUACCUCCGAAAAAUUUUAAUCGGUAUAUAGCCCCUCAGGGAAGGAACUUUAAAAUGAAUAGGACACUUUCUUAUGGGAAUCAGCAAGUUAGUAAUCUUCCUGCUCGUGACAAUAUCGAUAGGCAAGGACGAGAUACUGGAAAGCGACCACAGCCAGCACUAACAAACCUUGUUUGUAAUCAGUGUGGGAAGAACCAUGGUAGGAAUCCAUGUCGAUUGGGUUCGAGCGUUUGUUAUUUUUGUGGUAUGCCUGGACACAUAGCGAGGAAUUGUGAGAAGAAGAUUGCUCAAGAUUCAGCUAAAUCUCAGCAGCCAGGAAGAGUAUUUACAAUGAUGACUGAAGAUGCUCGUACUCGAACUCCCUGA